UCACUUAAAGUAGAAGAAGAAAAGCCAUCAUUUAACUCAACCCAGACAGCCAAGUUAUCAGUAAGGAGUCAUGGCCAGAAGAGAAUGAAAGUCCCUGCACAGAACACAGAACUUCCACAGUCAGACAGGGCCAUAUAUUCUGAUACUGCUAAACAGGAAAAAGGAAUGACCUUUCCUAAGGAAUGUACACCAGAUUUAAAAGGACUCUUGCAUUUUGAUGAUAAAAGUCAAAAGCUUUACCAGUGUGAUGGUAUAUCAUGGAACAUAUGGGGGAGCUAAUGCCAAGGCAACAAAAUGUCCAUUUGGCUGGACUCCACGUGACAGCAGCUGCUACAAGCACAUCACUGAGCAGAAGGCCACAUGGAUCACCGCAGCCCGGAUAUGUCAGGAACAGUACCAUGGAACACUUGUAGAUAUCUUCAGUAAAGAACAGAUGGAUUGGCUGUGGAACUUCAGUAGAAGAAAGUCCUUUUGGAUAGGCCUAACUAACCGUGCCAACAGUGGCAACUGGGAAUGGAGUAAAGGAGAGAAGACUACCUUCACGAACUGGAAAAGACGACCAACUCGCCAGACAAGAAAAGGGAAAAAUUGUGUUUCGGUGCAAAAGAAAGGCAAAUGGCACUUGAAAAACUGCCAGAAAUUGAAUUAUUUUAUCUGCUCAAAAAGAGUGUAG